CGUGAGGGACGAGGAUGAACAGGUGUGUGUUGCUGCGCGCGAGUCUCCUGCUAUCUCUGCUGUGUGUCUGCGCUCGGGUCCUAGUGGAGCUCAGGGGCUCGAGUCUGACGCCGCCAGGUCGAGUCCGGGAACCGGCCGUUACCGUGGCAACAGAUGCUGCGACCGCGCGGACGCAUCGCCGGCGGAUUCCCCGAUGGAAGAUCGAGCUCGAGCCGUGGGCCGCCGAGCCUCGCGGGGUUCAGGAGGAGGCCCGCCGGUUCCUCGGAUACAUCUCUACACCACAGGUGUCCUGUGAGAGACCGGCGUCCGUGCCGCCCGUGUUCGACAGAGAGGAUCAUGGGUCGUGGGCUCUGUGUUUGGACCACAGGUUCAGUCUGGCCCAGCGAAUCGCAUCGAAACACUGCCGCGUUUAUUCUCUCAGGCUGGCAGCGGAUGACGACAGGCUGGAGCGGAUGCUAGCCGGAUCCGGCUGUGAGGUUCACUGCUUCGACCCGAGUCUCAGGUCAGCUCAUCUCCAGGAGGAACACAUGUGGCUCCACCGGCUCUCCGUCGACUGGAGGGACCCCAACCCUGACAGACUCCACACACACACACACAGCAGGAGGAAGAUCAAGGACAUACUCAACAGCUUCGGCCAUAGACAGGUGGAUGUCCUGAAGCUGGACCUGGAAAGCGCGGAGUGGAAGGUCCUGGAGAACCUGGUUCUGGAGCGGGUUCUGGACUCGCUGGGUCUGUUGCUGCUGGAGCUGCACCUGCACUGGCCCGGGUUCGAGGUGGGCGGAGACGAGCCCUCGGUGAUCCGCUAUUGGUUCAGUCUCCUCAGGGAACUGGAGCGCGCUCAUUACCGGCUCUAUCACAGUUACAGCGACCCGAACAAACCUCGUCUGAUCCUGCACAGAAACAUCCAGAACGCCAGCAGCUCCUUCGUCCUGGGAUGGGUCAACACUCGCUUCGUCCCGCAGGGAUGAGCGACGACUAUUCAGGAGAAACACUUCAGACUGCAAAACUUAAAAGCCGAUUAAAUCAAGCGGCAACCUU